AUGGCUGACACUACUUCCCGCUCCGCCACUCUCCGCUCCGUUGCACAGGAAUUUUCCAACGCCUUUGUCUCAGGCUCUCUACCGCCUCCGGAGCUUCUGGAAAAAUACUUUGUCGCCAAUGAUCCACGAAUCAUUGAGCAUGGUCCAGAAUGGGCCCAGAAGCGUCUCCCCUUUGUCGGGAAGCUCUUUCGCGGCCGUCGCAGCAGCACCUUGACGACAAACGGAGCAAACACCACCGCCGACAGCAUCACUUGCGACGACUAUUUCGACCUUUUGGGGGCUACCUUGGCCCUUCAUGCACACGCAAACACCUUGCCGAAAGAGAAUGCGUACGUCGUCGAUCCAAAUGCCCUUCACUCUCCAGACCAAGGGCCUGGUGCUGUGUUGGUGAAAUGCCACGCUUCUUUGUCUGGCGUGCAAACCAAGCGCACUUGGGAGGAGCAUUUUGUAUUUGUUUUGAGCGGGUUUGAUGCCGAUGGAAAAAUUGGCCAGCUGGAAAUCUGGGCCGACAACCUGAAUGCGUGGGCAGGUGUGGGUGAAGAGGAGCUUUGA